UAGACAAACACACUCUCUCUACGUUUUCGACACCAGCCCUCCUUUAAGAGUUAAUGACUGGUGAAAGAUUCCUAAGAUACCGCUAGAGGGUUAGUCGGUCACAAACAACCGGAAGUAACAGUAUCAGGCAGCAAAGUGGACAAGACGGUGGGCGUGGCAAAGAAAAGCUGUGCGGCCACAGACUAGUGUGCGAUUUUUUUAUUGUAACUUCUAUUUGGGAUUUCAGUUGUUAGAUUUGCAGUACAGGUAAAAUUGGAUGACCGGAAUGCUUGUUUUGUUGUUUGUGACGGUUGGCCUCGUUCACUGGGGUCGAGGACAACCCGGCAAUACGGAUGUGGAGGAUUUCCUAACACGGUAUAACGACGAAGCUCAAAAAGUGUAUUUUGCUGACGUGUCCGCUGAAUGGAACUUCAACACCAACAUAACAGAUUACAAUCAAGAGAAGAUGCUGGAGCAGAAACUUCUAACGGCUAAAUUUUCCCAGGAAGCCUAUAAUAACGCGUCACAGUUUAACCUGACCAACAUGACUCCCAUUCAAAGACGCCAGUUUAUCAAAAUUAUGGACAUUGGUACCUCAGCACAAAGAAAUCAGACAAAACUGGCUAGGCUACAAAAAGUUUUGAGUGACAUGGAAUCUAUUUAUAGUACCGCAACUGUGUGUGUGAAACCUGAAAAAUGCGUCCACCUUGAUCCAGAACUAUCUGAGAUUUUGGCUUCGUCGAGAGAUUACAAUGAGCUGUUGAUCGCAUGGCAGGGAUGGAGGGACGUUUCUGGUGCUAAGAUGAAAGACUUGUUUUCGGAAUACGUGGCACUGAGUAACGAGGCAGUAAAAUAUCUAGGUCACGCGGACACUGGCGCCUACUGGAGAUCCUGGUAUGAUGACGCUAGUUUCAAGGACGAUGUUCGAGCUUUGUUCGAUCAGGUCCGGCCACUGUACGAACACCUGCACGCUUAUGCUAGACGUAAACUUAAGGCGAUCUACGGGGAGGACAAGUUUCCUGCUUCAGGACACAUCCCAGCACAUCUGCUAGGUAACAUGUGGGCUCAGCAGUGGAAUAAUAUCUAUGAUGUACUGGUACCUUUUAGUGACAAACCUACGUUGGAUGUAACGGAUGAAAUGGUCAGACAGAACUACACAGCUCUGAAGAUAUUCCAGACCGCUGAUGAUUUCUUCAGAUCACUCGGCAUGAUUCCAAUGCCCGAAGAGUUCUGGAACAAAUCCCUCAUAGAAAGACCUAAAGAUGGCCGUGAGGUCGUAUGCCACGCUUCUGCUUGGGAUUUUUAUAACGCUAAAGAUUUUAGAAUUAAACAGUGUACAGUGAUAAAUGCCGAAGACUUGGAGGUUACCCAUCACGAAAUGGGACACAUUCAGUACUUUCUACAGUACAAGAAUCAGACAGUUGAAUUCAGAGAUGGUGCAAAUCCCGGUUUCCAUGAGGCUGUAGGGGACACAAUAUCCCUGUCAGUCCAAACACAGGAGCACAUGAAAUCUAUCAACUUGAUUAAGGAGGUGGGCAGUGACAUCAAAUCCGACAUCAACUUUCUACUGAACAUGGCCCUACAAAAGAUCGCUUUUCUACCGUUUGGUUAUCUUAUCGACCAGUGGAGGUGGGAGGUUUUUAGUGGUGACACGACUAAAGAUAACUACAACAACCGAUGGUGGGAGUACAGGUGUCGAUACCAGGGUCUAUCUCCACCAGUACCAAGAAACAGCUCACACUUUGACCCUGGUGCUAAAUACCAUAUACCUGCCAGUGUACCCUAUAUAAGGUAUUUUGUUAGUUUCAUUAUACAGUUCCAGUUCCACAAAGCACUGUGUGACGUUUCUGGGUACACAGGUCCAUUACACAGGUGUGAUAUUUACAACAACACUGAUGCAGGUGCAAAACUAAGUGAAAUGUUGAGACUCGGGUCGUCAAAACCUUGGCCAGAAGCCAUGCAUGUUCUAACUGGCCAAUACAAGAUGGACGCCCAGCCUCUGAUUGACUACUUUAAACCAUUAAUGGAUUAUUUGGUUAAAGAAAACGGCAACGACUACGGGUGGGAUCCACACUGCCCUACACCAGAUUCUUCAGGUCAAAACAAUCAUCAGAUGGGACGCUUUGUUUUGAAUUAUUUUUUCAUUUUGUUUGUGCCUAUUAUUUCUUUCAGUUUUAUUUGGUUGCUUUAUUUACACUGGGUAAACAUCAUGAUGGUGGUAUUGAUUCUGUCGAUUGGCCUCAUUCGCUGGGGCCAAGUGCAAACCAGCAAUGUGGAUGUAGAGGAUUUUCUAAAGAUCUUUAACGAAGAAGCUCAGAAAGUGUAUUUUGCCGAUGUGUCCGUGGAAUGGAACUUUAUUACCAACAUAACAGUUUACAACCAGAAUGCGAUGCUUGACCAGAAACUGAAAACCGCCAAAUUCGCACAAGAGGCCUACAAUAACGCGUCACAGUUUAACCUGACCAACACGACUCCCAUUCAAAGACGCCAGCUUAUCAAAAUAAUGGACAUUGGUACAUCAGCACAAAGAAAUCAAACAAAACUGGCUAGGCUACAAAAAGUGAUAAGCGAUAUGGAAUCUAUUUACAGCACCGCCACCUUGUGUUUGAAACCUGACAAAUGUGUUCAUCUUGACCCAGAGCUUACAGAAAUCAUGGCUAUGUCGACAAAUUACAAUGAACUUUUAAAAGCCUGGCAGGGAUGGAGGGAUGCUUCUGGUGCUAAGAUGAAAGACCUGUUUUCGGAAUACGUUGCACUUAGUAAUGACGCCAUAAAAAGUCUAGGUCACGCGGACACUGGCGCCUACUGGAGAUCUUGGUAUGAUGACGCUAGUUUCAAGGACGAUGUUCGAGCUUUGUUCGAUCAGGUCCGGCCACUGUACGAACACCUGCACGCUUAUGCUAGACGUAAACUUAAGGCGAUCUACGGGGAGGACAAGUUUCCUGCUUCAGGACACAUCCCAGCACAUCUUCUAGGUAAUAUGUGGGCACAGAAGUGGAAUAAUAUUUAUAAUAUACUUGUACCAUUCCGUGACAAACCUACCAUGGAUGUAACCGAUGAAAUGAUAAGGCAGAACUACACAGCUCUGAAGAUAUUCCAGACCGCUGACGAUUUCUUCAGAUCACUCGGCAUGAUUCCAGUGCCCGCAACGUUCUGGAACGAAUCCCUCAUAGAAAAACCUAAAGACGGCCGUGACGUUGUUUGCCAUCCGUCUGCUUGGGAUUUUUUCAACACUCAAGAUUUUCGAAUCAAGCAGUGUACAGUGGUAAACCACGAAGACCUGGAUGUUGCCCAUCACGAAAUGGGACACAUUCAAUACUAUAUGCAGUACAAGAAUCAGCCCCAUAAAUUCAGAGCUGGCGCUAAUCCAGGUUUUCAUGAGGCGAUUGGCGACACUAUAUCGUUGUCUGUUCAGACACAGGAACAUAUGAAGUCUAUCAGUCUGAUCACCAAUUUAAGUAACGAAAAUAAGUCCGACAUCAACUUUCUACUGAACAUGGCACUGCAGAAGAUCGCUUUUCUACCGUUUGGUUAUCUUAUUGACCAGUGGAGGUGGGAGGUUUUUAGUGGGGAGACGACUAAAGACAACUACAACACCCGAUGGUGGGAAUACAGGUGUCGAUACCAGGGUGUGUCUCCACCAGUUCCAAGAAACAGCUCACACUUUGACCCUGGAGCCAAAUAUCAUAUACCUACCAAUAUUCCCUAUAUGCGGUAUUUUAUUAGCUACGUUAUACAGUUCCAGUUCCACAAAGCACUCUGUGACACUUCUGGUUACACAGGUCCAUUACACAGGUGUGAUAUUUACAACAACACUGAUGCAGGUGCAAAACUAAGUGAAAUGUUGAGUCUCGGGUCGUCAAAACCUUGGCCAGAAGCCAUGCAUGUUCUAACUGGCCAAUACAAGAUGGACGCCCAGCCUCUGAUUGACUACUUUAAACCAUUAAUGGAUUAUUUGGUUAAAGAAAACGGAAACGACUAUGGAUGGGAUCCACACUGCCCUACUUUAUCAAAAGAUUCAACGCCACCACAGUUUUCAGGUCAAAUAAGUAAUCAAAUGGGGAGCUAUGUUUUGAAUUUGAUGCUUUCUUUUAUUUGUUUUAGUUUUAAUACGUUUUAUUUUGCAAAUUAGACGCUGCCCUAUUUGUUUUAUUUUGUGCUAAACCAGGUCUGAUCAGAAUUAUGAUCACGCAAUCUAUGA